UUCGAAACUUCAGCCAGGUUUGGUUGUCAAUUUUAAGUCAAAACUUCACGUUGAAAACCUCCGAGUUUGUUUUGGUUUUCGCUCACAUUUCCCACAAAGUUCAUUUCAUCCAAUUUUCCGUGGAAAAGUCAGUGAAAAUUGUUGAAAAGUUUUUCUUUAAUUUACCCGAGUGCCAUGGAAAUUGAAACGGCAGAGGGACAGCUGCAAAUUCAGCUGAAAACUAAACAAAAACAAUAUGCAGUUCCGGACAUUCCAUACUCCAUAGCUGGGAGUGUCUCAAGCGUGGAGUUGAAUACACUCGUAAAUACCUUGCUACAGGAAGCGGAUUCAUGCCAUAAAGGGGUUGAAUUUGAUUUUCUCGUUGCUGGAGAAUUUCUUCGGGUAAAUCUUGGGGAACAUCUCAAGCAAUUGGGAAUAUCCUUUGAGGAUAUCAUUGACAUUGAGUACGUUGAGAGAUUCCCAUCGCCAGAGCCACAGGAUUGUCUCAUUCACGAUGAUUGGGUAUCAGCGGUAAAGUGCCGGAAUGAUUGGAUCCUGACAGGAUGCUAUGACAGUACAUUGAACAUUUGGACCACAAAGGGAGAGCACAAACUCACAAUUCCAGGCCACACAUCCCCCAUUAAGGCAGUCACGUGGAUAUCCUUGGAUGCAGACAAUGGGAUGUUUGUGAGCACAUCGCAGGAUCAGACAGCAAUGAUUUGGUCUUGGGAUAUUGCAAAGAACAAGGCGGAAUGCCUCUACGUCUGCCGGGGACACGAGAGGGGCAUCGACUGUGUCGAUGUGAGUGGGAAUGGGCAGAAAAUGGCAACAGGAAGUUGGGAUACAAUGCUGAAAAUUUGGUCAGCAAGCCCCGAAGAGUCCGCAGAUGAGGCAGCAGCUGCAAAGAAGGCACGAAUGGAGCAAGGAAAAGCCAGAACUCCUCUAAUAACGCUCCAGGGGCACAAGGAAGCAAUCUCAGCUGUUCAAUGGAUAGACAAUGACACCAUUCUCACUGGUUCGUGGGAUCACACAAUGAAGAUUUGGGAUCUAUCGCUGGAGGGGCUCAAAUCCGAAAUUGUUGGCAAUAAAUCUUUCUUUGACGUGCACUUCUCGAAACUCAAUGGGAUGAUCAUUACCUGCUCGGCUGAUAAGAAUUUGCGCCUCUUUGAUCCACGUGGGGGCAAAGGGGCUUCCCAUACAGUUCAAAGCACCUACCUUGGGCACACCCAAUGGGUUCAAUCUGUUUGCUGGUCAUCAAUUGAAGAGCAUCUCUUCAUUUCCGGCUCCUAUGACAAUCAAGUGAAGCUCUGGGAUAUGCGAAGCCCCAAAGCGCCCCUUUUCGAUCUUUCCGGACACGAGGAAAAGGUGAUGGAUUGCGAUUGGUCAAAUCCCAAAUUCAUGAUAUCCGGUGGAGCUGACAACACUGUGAGGAUCUUCAAAUCCAAAAAAGUAGCAAGAUUGUGAGAAAAUCGCACAGAAAAAGCGGAGAAAAUUGAAUAAAAAAUGACGGCAAAACGUUGAAAA